CUUUUUCUUCCGGGGAGGUGAAGCUGCUUCCCGAGGGCGCGGGAAGAGUUGAACCGCUUCUGAGCGUCUUGUGCUUUUACUCGGCCGGGUCAAAGCCCCCGUCUCCAGCUACCCGGUCUUGGCGGACGUCUUGGCCACAACACUCUCUCUGUGGCCUUACUCCUCUACGGCUGUGAUUGUUUUCUCUUUGUUGGUAAUUUGUCAAAUUCAUCGAGAAUCGUCACUUGAGAAGCAGUCGUGGGCAGGCGCAGACGCUACGGCCUCCAGCGUUUUGGCAAAUUAAACGCAGGUGCCGUUGAUUGGCAUCACUUUCACAACUUCUCAGCUUGGAAUUGCUUCUCUCACUUGGAAGGACACCUUCUCUCUAGUCAUAGUGAUGGCAGCUGAAGUUCGAAUGGUACUUUAUGAAGAUGAUUCCGUGCAAGUACAAUAUGUCGAUGGUUCCAAAUUGCAGCUUUCUCCUUGUGGCUCUGAAUUUUUAUUUGAAAAGGCACCUCCUGUUUCAGCACAUCCUUUAGAGCUACCGGAAAGAAUUCGUCAAAGGACACAGUUUGUUAUUAGCACUUACCGAGAGCAACUACAACGAGCUCUAGAUUUUCGAAACUCUUCUGCCACUUUCCCUUUUCUAUCUGAAAGCAUCAUACCUUCUGAAAGAAAAAAGCAAAUCUUCAUUGAUGUCUCAGAAGUGAGAUGGCCCAUUCUCAAUACUGAUGAUGCUGUGAUAUGUAUGGAGAGUGGCACCGUGAAGAUAUCAUCUUUAGAUGGUCAUGCGUACCUUUGCCUGCCCAAAGCUCAGCAUGAGUUUACAGUACAUUUUUUGUGUAAAGUUAGCCAGAAACCAGACUCAUCUAUAGUAUUGUCAGAAAAAAAUAAUCAAGCCAAAAGGGGCAAACUAGUUGAAAAAGCAGACAAAAACUGUACUUUUGGAAGUUUAUCCAGACAGAAACUAAAGAAUAAAGAAAAUGAACUUUAUUGCCAUAUCAUGAAAUCCAAAGAACCUUCAGAGAAGAAGAGUUGGGUAAAUGGAACGGAAGGAAGGGAGGAGCUGCCUGUGCCUGGCACAAAACACACUGGUGUAUACACAUGGGUAAAUCAGUGUUGGUCUGUGGCCUCCUGUCCAGAGGAAUGGAAAUACCCUUUGUCUUUAGCAAUUAAUUUUCGCAAUAAAAUCAGUGAAAUGUCUAAAAUAGAUGCAGAUACAACCCAGGAUAGAGUUCUAACUCCUGCUGUUGCAGAAGAAAGAGGAGAAGAGGUGUCUGUUCUUCCCAAGGCCCUAUUACUCAGCUGUCCUGUCCCACACCUGCACAGGUGGAAUUUCUGUGAUUCAUCUUUACAGAGACAGUUGGAUGAAGAAUAUUCCUACCCUGAACUAGUGAAAGUGGUUUGGUAUAAGGGUGUUACAUAUAGACUUACCCAUAAAAAUGUGAACUCAAUAGAGAUUUAUCCUGGAGAUGGGUCUGUUUUCAAAUCAGAAGGAGCGUAUUUUGGAAACUAUUUUACAUAUUAUCCCAUCCAAGAAGGACCAGAAGAGAGGAAAGAGAAAACUUACUCAAUAAGUAACCUUCCUCCAGAUAGACCAGGAAGUCUGUUCUCCGUGUGCUCUCUACUUAAACAAGCAACAAGAAUUCUUCAACAUUGUGCCAGGAUAAGGCUUUCUUUAAGCCAUAAUUAUCGUAUAUGCUGCUGGAAAAUGGUACCUGGGAUAAAUGAUAGCAAUAUACUGCCUUUCCUUUUGAGAGAAUCACACAUACCCAGGGUGGGAAGAUUUCUUGCAUACUCUGAUGACAAAGUGCAUGCUGUCUUUUUAGAUGGUAUUACGCUAACCUUAAACUGGAAUUUCAGCUUUUUCACUCAAAAGGUACAGGUAAAUCAAAGUCUCAACUUAGGUUGGUGUAAGUUAACUUUCCCUGAUGGACAAGAUAAACUCAUUCAGAUUGAACACCCUGGACCAUAUGAAAGAUAUGUGACAACAGUAAUAUCAUGGUGCAGAAAACUGACCCAGGCCAGUCUGAGAGAGAUGCUUACACAUCCUUCGUCUUCUGUUCUUAAAGAAAAAUGGUCUGUUGCUUCUGAACUUGAAAAGAUACAGAAGUUUAACUUGUUACUGGAGAAUUGUGGUGUCCUAAACCAGAUUUCUAACAAGAAAAACCAGCAGUCUUCUGGUCAUUGCAAACCAAAAUCUUCUGAAACCUCGCUAGAAGUUAAUGAAAAGAGCGUGUUAGUAGCAUUGAAAAAAACUUCUGAAAUUCUUCAAGAUAUUGACUGUCUUCUGUCGAAGUCAAAAAAGUGAAAAGUGGAAUAAUUGUACUGUUAUUAAGCCUUAAGGAUGUUGUUUCAAGUGACUGAUAAGAAGAAUCACUAGUAACCCAAGAAAUUCUAUACAGUAUUUCUGUACAAUGAUCAUAUGAGAAUUGACAUUUGGAGGCAAUAUACCUAACUUAUAAAUUUUAAAAUAUAUAUUUGAUUAAUAAAGAACUGUUUUGAAAAUUUUGAACUAUUGCAGAUUUAUGAGAAAAAAAUCCAUAAAGUUUGUUUUUAUCUUGUAAAACACUAUUAACCUGCAAUCUUUUUUUUUUUUUUUAAAUAUGCAGUAUUGUAUGUUUGGCAAUUUUCUGUUUGGUUCUACUCCAAGUAUUUGAUAGAACUAUAAGAUGAGAAAUAGAUCUUAUUAAAAAAUAAAUAAAACCUCAUCUAAGCAAUAUUGCUUCAAGCUGAGAAUUGUGCACUUCGGCAAAGAUUAAAUUUUGUUGGAACUGCCUGAUGAACAUAUGAAAAGAUAAGUGCUGCAAAGUGCAUGAGACUAAGAGAGAGGGCUUAUCCAAAGCAUUAUAUGUAACAAAACCACACAGGUAAAUAAAACCACACAGCUAAAAAGACUUAAAGAUUACACUAAAGACAACCAGAAAUAUUCAGUUAACUUCUGAUUUCUAUAAAAGACCAACCUCUUCACAUAAAAAAGUGGAAGCAACAGAGAAAAAUGGAGAAUAAAGCAGAGUAGAGAGGAGUAAUAUCAGUGAUUUGAAUAUGCACAGUGCUCUCUUUAGCUCCUCACACUGGGCUCUUUCCCAACCUUCAGGUCUCAAUAUAAAUAUCACCUCCUCAGAGGCACCUCCUUGACUACUUUGUCUAAAGUUGUCCCCUCCCAGUUAUUCUCUAUUACAUCACUCUAUUUGUCUAGCUUAUUUGUUUCUUUAUGGUCUAUAGCUCCCACUAGAACUUGAGCUUCAUAAAGCUAUUCUGUAGCCUCAGUGCCAAGCAUAGUGCCAGGCACACUGAGAGCACUCAGUAUGUGUUUUAUAAAUCAGUACCUUUAGAUAACAAACCGAUUACAGAAAAAAAAAGUGUAAAGGUUUUGUUAUGUUUUGGUUGCAGGAAGCCAUUUAUGUGGUCCCUCAAUAGCUCUAGAAGGCCUAGGCUAUGAUAAGACAUAUACCCCAGAAGGUCAAUGGCAAACUGUUAAUUGCAUUCAAACAGAAAAUGUGCCAUCUUUCUAUAUAUUCUUCACAGGACUGAAAGCACUCAAUUGCUAAUGUAUUUGGUGACAGGCGUUUUUAAUUACCUUUUAAGCUCUGUGGGUUAAAACGUGUAUAAUUCUUCCACCUCAAUUGAGUCUUCCAUUGGCCAUGAACCAAAAGUGUGACAGGCAAUGAAAAAUUACAUGAUUUAGAAAUUGAGCUACACUCAAUACCUUUGUGAGUAGCCUAGGAGUUGAUAUGUGAUUGACGAUUACAAUUUUCUAUGGUGUCUUUCAACUAUAUAAUAGGAUCUCACUGCUCUCCUUCCUUCUACCUGACACUUGUUUUGAGAAACUGUAAGUAGGAAGGAGAAACAGUGGUCCUCUUUAGGCCUCUUCUCUUGGGCCAUUGCUUCCUAGAGCCAAAAGCCAAGCUAGAUGUGUGCUCUAUGCUAAGACAGCACCCACCACUCCGAGACAGGGGGAUUGGUACCUGGCCAGAGUUCCAGUAAACAGGCUGCAUCUUUUGAGUCCCGUUAAUUAACUGGAGUCGCUUUUUCAAGUGAGCAUUUAGUAGUCAUGACUAAAUGUUGCAGCCCGCGUCACUGCUAUCCACAAAGAAGGGUAGCUCUCAACGUACACAGUGGGAACGAAUAAUUAUCAAGAGAUCUCCGAGGGGGCGGUAAAGCGCUACAGAAUUGUGUUAGGUCUGCAGCACCGCGCGGUCCCACUGUCCUGUGGAAAAACUCCGACGCCCACCCUGAAGUAUCCGCUGAAGGAAGCUGGAAAAAUCUGAACACCCUCGGGACACACAACGGCCCGUGGCUCCCAGCUCAAGCGUCUGGGGUACAGGCCUGUACGUCCUGCUUUCGAUGAGGCCACUUCUUGGUCCCCAGUUUCCCAGCCACCGCUUAAGGUACGUCGUGGGGAAGUCGGCGGCUACGUCUGUGACAUGGCGUCGGCUACGCCAAGAAACGAACCCUCAAAUUUGACAGAAGGAAACUAACAAGGCACUUUUCACACCCCACCCAGUCGUUCCAAAGGUCCCCUUUUUUGCGCAGGGCCGGGGAGAACUCAAUUUAUCCACUCGCGCAACCAGAAAGUACUCGAGUAUUGCCUUCCCUCGGCUCAGAGUGGGGCCAGUAUCCCGACGUCCCCGGCUGACGCUGGGGGCGGGAGCCGCUCUGGCCGCACCUGGCGUCUCUAUGGUGCCUAGGCGAAGGGGCGGAGAGAGGGGCGGGGCUGUCUUUCCGGCUGCUUGCUCCAGCACGCGAGCGAGGGUGGGACCGGCGGAGCUGCUGAGAGGCACCCGGCGGGAGGGGUCCUGCAUGGACGGCGUGUAGCUGCGCCUGAUGUGGGAAGCCGGAGGCGGGGACUGACCGAGCCUGAAGUCUGGAAGGUCCGGGUUCCGGACAGGAGAUGCCAACACAGUCUCAAGUGUCCACCUGAUACAAAUAGCUCACUCUUCAUCAGCAUCUCUCUCCUAUCCACUGUCCAGUCCCUUCCAUGUCUGAUGAGUUGUCUUCGGGAAUGGUUCCUGUCCUGUGCCAACAGAAGGUUUGGGGACCAUGACCUCCGGGAUUCCUCUAGUCUCAGUCAGACCAUUAAGUAUGGUCUUUUUGUGAGAAUUUGGGGUCUGCAUCCCACUGAUCUCCUGCUCCCUCAGGGGUUCUCUGUUGUGCUCCCUGUCAGGGCAGUCAUCGGUUGUGGCCGGGCACCAUCUAGUUCUUCUGGUCUCAGGAUGAUGUAAGUCUCUGGUUUUGAAAUGAUCUUUUGAUUUUUCACUUUGCUCAUGAUACUUUAACUAGAUCCUUUUAGAAUCUGAACUCAUGUAAGUGUAGGGUUGUUGUGUGCUGUCACCUUAUGAAGUAUAAGGUUAAUAACGUUUAAAUGUAUUUUGUGAUUAUAAAAAUUGUGUCAUGAGUUAAGAUAUAAUGCAAUGCUAUAUAGAGGCAUCAUGCAAUUUGCAAUUAAGUUAAUACUGACCUUUUAUUUUUCUCUGUGUUCUGUGAUAAAAUUUGAAAAUACAUCUAUAUUUGAAAAUACAUCUAUACACAUAUAAUCGUAGUUUGAGUGCCCUCAGAACUUACCUGUUAGACCUCUGUGUAGUCUGAGCAGCCUACAUUCUUGUCACACUCAUUUAUCUGAAUGGCCUUCUUACUCUCUAGGGCUAAUUACAGGCCACUGCUAAUUGAAGGAGGAGAAUAUUGCUCCUGCUGGGCCUACCUGGUUUAGUUAUUAAUUCAAGCCUUGAGUCCCAGUUCCCACCCAGAUAAGCUGAUGAUGACUUUUAUCUUUGAUUAAAGGAAUAUUUUAUAAACUUUAAAAUUGUAUGCACUAAACUUUUAAACAUUGACUUCUUUAUCAAUUCAAGUGUCAAAUGUUUAUUUUCUAAAUUAGAAACAAAUGUGGGAUUAUAAAUCCUGAAGUUUACACAAAGCAUUCAUAACUUUAUAAUAGAGAUAUCUUUUGUAUUUUGGUUGUAUCUCUUGGAUGAAAGUUCCUUAAAAUCAUUAUUUCUAUAGAUCCUAGGAGAGUCUGUGGCAAAUAACCUGAUCUUAGUGUUUCAGAGAAUAAUUUUCAUUAAUUGCAAAUAAUCAAGAAUUUGAAGAUUAUUGUAGACUCUGUUAUCAUUAACAAAAUACUUGUUCUCUAAAGAGUAAGUAUUCUUCAUAGUAGCACGAAGGAAUUAGAGGAAGCUACAUGAGUUUAUUUCAUCUAGAGAAAUAGAAAUAUUUCACACAGACUUUUCAUAUAUCAACUAAUACAUAAAUAUGAACAACUUAUUUUUAUAUGGUACUAUAAAAUUAACAUAAUUGUAAACAAUUUAUUUAUGUUAUAUAUUAGCACCUUGCUAAUGUAUAUACUGUUUUACCUAGUAAUAUGUUUACAUGAUUUUUUAUUAUAGCUUUAAGAGGCUGAUUUAGCAUCACAGUCUGGGUUGUUUAUUUUAUAUUGCUACUUUAAUGUUAUUGACAAACAAGCUCCUUUUGCCCCUUAAUUGGAAACUUCUGGCUUUAACUUUUCAAAAUAGCUUUAUUGGUUUUAUGGUAAUAAUAGUAGGACAUUGAAAAUUUUUAGACAAUCAAAGAAAGAAAAAAAUGGUAAAAAAAAAAAAAAAAAAGCAUGUGUAAGCCCACCAC